GGGAAAAUUUUGCACAAGGACAGGGAGAUGGUGAUGGAGGUGUCAAGAUAUCUUGUCUUGGUGGCGUGGGCGGUUGCCAUAAGUCCAUUGUGCGGUGCAGACCUACCCAAAGGAUUUUUGGUCAACGAGGUAACUAAGGGCUCACUUUCCACUUGCCAACUGGUGCUGAUGGUCUCCACGCCACUCUCACCACUGCUUCUCACUCGUCACAGGCAGAUCAAGAGAAGUUUCAUAAUGGUAACUCCAUCAGUCCAGCCACGUAAUCUGCGCCGCGCCUUGGCUGGGGACUCCACAACUACCUGCCGAGGACUUAUAAUUCACCUUGAUGACUCUACCCCCAACGCUACUACUGGCAUACUUAAACUGUUGGAGCGGGCUGAGCUAUGGCAGGUACCAGAGACGCGGUUGGUGGUCUUGGGUGGCAAAAAAGAAGUAAAGACGGUUCUCCUUAACCACAGUCUUCGCAACACCAUAAACGGUCUGUAUCUUGCCAUGCACAAGCGCCGUUGCCACCAUACCAACACCACGUACAUUAUCCAUCGCAUCAGGCUUCGCAUUCUCUGCGCCUUUGGUUAG